AGAGACGGAGAGGCAGAGCGGCAUCUUCCAUCAAGGUACCAUCUCUCCAACAGCUGCAAGAUCAUCUUCAUCAGAGCUGCAGAAGGCGAGGCAGCGGAAAGCUGACUUAAACAAAAUCAAGAGGUUCCCCUUCAUCGGCAACACAGCUCUCUGUCGGGUGAUCCGCCGCCUCCAACAUGUUCCGUCCCCUGUUCUACCUGAGCUUGCUCGUGGCCCUGACAGGUGCCGAUGCGGGGGGUUCAGGUGCUCCUAAGAGUUUUUCUCUGCCACAUACGUACAACUUCAGCUCAUGUCCCCUCAACUUCUAUGGGAUCAAAUACACCUCUUUCACCGCGGAAAAAUUCGGCUCGACCAUUCGUUUCUGUUUUGGCUUAAACUGCACUGAUGCAAUGACUGAUAAUGAUGGCUCUGGAGAUACUGGAGUUACUUUUCAAACUGGACAACCUGAUGAUGAUCUUGAUAAAGCAAUAAAGGAAAAGAUGUCCACUAACGAAGAACAAAUGAAGUGCUUUUUGAAAAUGACUUAUUCUACCCAUAAAGGUUCUUGGAACACUUUUUUUUUUGUGCAAUACGAGACCCGAUCAUUUGUGGGAGUUCAGAACAGUGCCACCAAACCAGAUGAUUCUCUUGACAAUGCUCCUUCUUUAGACGUGGUCUUAGACAUGAGUGGAUGCAGAACCGAAGCAGAUGUUUUUAUCAGCCCUGGAGAGGAGGAGUACGAUGACGACACCUGUGUAACUUACUCUUGCAGUUCUGAAAGCGUCUUAUCAGUUAAAGGUUGUCCUGAAAAUCACCAUUGUGAUGGUAAUGGCACGUGCAUCCCGUACAGGAUCUGCACUUUGACCGGACCCACUGUGAUCAACGGCGACGGCGACGUCACCACUGUGGAGGAUCGCUGCACGUACACUCUGAUGUCAGAUAAUGACCUCGUCUCAGAAUUUGAAGUGCUGGCCAGCUACAAGGACCGACGUCGCACAGAUGUGAGCUUUCUGGACAGUGUAACACUGAAAAACGGUGUUGAGGUUCUCCUGGAACAAGGUGGGACAGUCAAGGUGGACGGUUCAGCGGUGGAGCUCACCAGUUCAUUGCAAGACCAUGGUGAUGGUGUUAAACUCUCCAAGACCGAAGCUGGAGUCUUUGCCAAACUGAAACUGAACGAUUCGGUAGAAGUGACUGUGUUCUUUGAUGGAAACACUGCGCAGCUCAAAACUACAUCAGGAUUCGGUUAUUAUCCACCAGGUGGUUUGUGUGGAGACGACGACAAAGCAUCUUCAACCAACCAGACCGCGUCCGGCAGCUGUUGGAAUAUGCCCACAGAAACCAGUAACCUGCCAGUCGACUGUGACGCAAUUAAGGAACGCUGCAACAUCCUGAUGAAGGAACCCUUCUCCUCCUGUCACGCCACCGUCAACCCAGCGCCCUACAUAACUGCCUGCAGUGACACCGUGUGUCAAUAUCCUGAUGAGGACGGCCUCAUGUGUCAGUUCCUGGAGGCCUACGCCAGAGCCUGCAGCCUGGUGAACAUCCAACUGGAGGAAUGGAGGUCCAACCAGAAGUGCUCUACGUCUCAGAUCGUUUGUGAGAGUCCUUGCAGUGAUAAUGAGUUCUGUGGACUGGUCAGCGGUAGCCCCACCUGCCUCUGUAGAUCCAUUUUUGCCUCCGCUUACAGAAGUUCAAACAAUCUGGGUGACCCGACGGUCUGCAUAGGGGACUCAGCUUCACUCACUCUGGUGGGUUGUCUCCUGGCGGAGAAAGGUAUUGACUAUUCCACCUUACACCUCAACAACAAAACGUGCACUGGUGUCAUGGACGAUGAGAGCCACAUGGUGACCUUCAGCUUCGACAACGACAACUGCGGGACGUUGGUGGAGAAAGAAGAAAGCAAAGUGUCGUACAAGAACACCAUCCAAACCACGUCCAGCUCCUCCUCCUCCGUCAUCACUCGCCACAACGAGGUCAAGAUUGACUUCUCCUGCAUCCACGUUGAACCAAAAAUCAAGACUAUGAGCUUCACAAUCAAGGACAGCUCCGUCUCCCAGGAGGUCACAUCUGAGGUGGCUUCUAGUUUCACGGUGACGAUGAGCGCCUACACGGACGCCGAACACACACAAGCUGUGGACUCCGACACCGAGGUGCUGCUGGACCAGAAGAUCUGGGUGGAGCUGACGAGCGACGGGCUGGAUGAAAACUUGGUCGCCAUGGUGAUCGACUCCUGCUGGGCCACCGGCCAGGAAGCGUCUGACAGCGACGUGAAAUAUGACCUGAUCAAGGACGGCUGUGCAAACAAAGACGACUCGACGGUGCAGGUGGAGGGAAACGGAGAAGGAACCUCCAGCUAUUUCUCUUUCAGCAUGUUUGAGUUCACGGGCAGCUCUAGUGCCGUCUACCUGCACUGCCAAAUCCACCUGUGCGUCAAAGACAACAACAACAACUGUUUGCCGGAUUGUUCUGGGGGAGGAUCUGGAAGAAAGCGCAGAUUUGCCUUGUCCAGAUCCAGAUACGGCAGGUCAGCUCGCAGGGCUGUGGCUCCCGCCUUCAUCAGCAUGGCAUGGACUAAAUAGGUGGUUACCAUGGUGAUACGGACUGACUAACAGGCUGCCGACCCCCGUCUGGAUCCCCGACUCGUGUCUGGUCCUGAUCCUGAUCACGGACGUGUGAAAGGAAGAGCUCAGAUCCUGCUGCUGCCAUGAAGUUUUGUUAACUCGUAAAGCAACAAAAAGCAGCCACGAAAGACACAGAAUUAUGAGAACAGGACCAAACUGUCAUCAGACACAUGUCACAGACCCUCUUUUAUCUCUUUUAGUCGUAAUUGGUGAAGGGAAGUGUGUUACAUUUGAUUUAAACCAAAUCUACAUUCUACCAUCCAGGUAGAAUCAGAUAUUAAUCAGAUAUGAGAUUUAUUAUCAUAUCCUAUUAAUCAAUACCUUCAUAUUAAUCAGCUUUUAGAAAGGUGUUGUUCAGGGUGAAACUAUUAAAAAGGGUAGUAAUACAAGUUCUUCUUACUUUUAGGACACUUUACAGUAAACACAGACCAGUUCAUUAUAGUCUAAUUAAGAAUCAGAUAUGAGAUUGAUUAUCAUAUCCUAUUAAUUAAUACCUUCAUAUUAAUCAGCUUUUAGAAAGGUGUUGUUCAGGGUGAAACUAUUAAAAGGGGUAGUAAUACAAGUUCUUCUUACUUUUAGGACACUUUACAGUAAACACAGACAAGUUCGUUAUAGUCUAAUUAAAAAUCAGAUAUUAAUCAGAUAUGAGAUUGAUUAUCAUAUCCUAUUAAUCAAUACCUUCAUAUUAAUCAGCUUUUAGAAAGGUGUUGUUCAGGGUGAAACUAUUAAAAAGGGUAGUAAUAUAAGUUCUUCUAACUUUUAGGACACUUUACAGUAAACACAGACCAGUUAAUUAUAGUCUAAUUAAGUACAGAUCAAUUAAUUCCAACAGACUGAACCACAAACUGUAGAAGUGAGUGUUCUGAUGUCCAGGGACAGAGACACUCGCUGCAUGAACCGCAAAACUGUCAGCUUCUUAAGGUGGACAUACUUUUAGACCGGAAAGAUUUAGUGGGGUGUCGUCUGCAUAAAAGGACAUUCAUCAUUUAUUACAUACAUUUUCUGCUCAGCAAGACUUUAAUCUGCAGCCGUGCAGCGAUCAUUGAAUGAUUCAUCUGGAACACAAGUUCAGUCCUUCUUCUCAGAAAGAUUCUCAGAGAAACUUCAAGGUGCUUUUUUAGCAGUAGUUUCAUUUUUCUGGUGUUUUGAAACAAGAGCGUCUGUUACAGUUCAGUUGAAGCUGAAACAUGUCACUGUUUCUUCACGCUUUUACUUUUCUUUAUCAUUUUUAUUGUUUGUUCUGCAUCCAAAGACCAAAAAAAAAUAAAAAGGUGGUGGUAAAAUUCAAA